UAAACCCUUACCGAGAUAUUGAGCUCCGUGGUCAACAGACAGACGACGUCCCCAGCUGACGCAACGUUCCCCCCGCCAGGCUCGUGUCCACAUUCAUACGUAACAAAAGCCUUUAUUAUGAAAGUACAAGAUGUUCUCGCCUGUAGUUUCCCGUCGUGGUACGAUAAAUUUAAAAAGUGCACAAUCAAAAGCAUUGUAAUGCCCCUCACACAAGAGGUUCUGGCCUAUAUGCAAGAUAACGGGACGUUAGUACUUCCUGAAGGUUCACAGCCUGAGCCAUCUUACAAAAGAAACAAGGAGGAGGAGGAAGACGAAGCAGAUGCUGAUGACUGGGCUCAGUGCGAGUUAUCAGACUCGUGUGUCAAGGCUCCUAGGCUAGAGGAGUACAGUGCCAAGAUUAAAGAUGCUAUCAAAAAGCUUGGUGGAAGUGUCUUUCCCAAACUUAAUUGGAGCUCCCCUAAGGAUGCUGCAUGGAUUGCUCUGAAUAAUUCUCUAAGAUGUUGCACCCCCGGGGAUGUUUACCUUCUCCUGAAAAGCAGCAACUUCGUCACUCAUGACUUAACCUCCCCGUUCAAGGACUGUGAUGAUGCCAAUGAGGCAGACACAAGUGUUGACUACUGCUUGGUCCUCCGUGGGUGGAUGGAGAUCAACCCAGCUCAUGAGUUCCGCUGCUUUGUCAGCAAUAAGCAACUAGUUGGUAUUUGUCAACGUGAUAUAAGCCAAAGUUACUAUUGCAUUGGCACUGAUCAGGCUAAUAUUCGCAGCGAUAUUAUCAGCUUAUGGAAAGAAAAUAUAGAAAACAGAUUUCCUCUUCAAAACUAUGUUUUUGAUGUGUAUCGCCCAGCAAAAGACCAUGUGAUCCUGCUUGAUUUUAAUCCAUUUGGUGAAACAACUGAUGGACUUCUGUUUUCUUGGAGUGAACUGGAAAGUUUUGGUGAUGCCAGAGAUUGCCUUAGCAGGAUUAUCGAGUCUGAAUCGAGCUUGAGUACUCUGAGUGAGGAAUCUGAAGAUGACUUGAAUCAAUUUAAUGAAAGGAACCUUGCAGACAGCAAUCGGCAAUCAUACUCUUCGCAGACAGAUACACUAACUCAGCACAGCCUUUUGGAUAAUGCACCUGAGUUCAGGUUCAUAUCAAGUGCUACAGGGGUUCAACCCAGCCCAUACAUGCAGUAUGGUCUUCCAAUGGAUAUAAUUGACUUAAGCACUGGUCAGGAUCCUAAAAAAUUCAUUGAUUUUCUUCAGAUGAAAAUACGGAGAGAGGAUGCCGAGAGCUCAGAUGAUGAAGAAAUUUCCAGCUGAUCUGAGGAGACUUGUAGGUUAUGAUUUUGCAAUACAGUAUUUGACAUCCAAGAUUACAAUUGUCACAUUUGUCAUUUGUCUUGAAACGUUAGGUUUAUUGGUAAGUUUUCUAUAUUGUUGAAUAUUAGUAAAAUUUUUCUAUAUCCCUUUCAUAGGCUAUUUAAAUUGGUUAAUACUUAAGAGCCGAAUACAUUGUUUUGGAGAGGGCCACCUAACUCGUGUCCUGAGCUAAGCACUGGUCCAGUCAAGUCUUAGAGAGAUGUACCAGGUCUCCAAGACUCUCCUUUUCUUACUGGGAACCAGAAACUGGCACACACUAUGAGAGGAAGGGAGCUUGGGUAUAAAAAAUUAAUUCAAAGCCGAGAAAAAAAAGAAUAAGUGCAAAAACAGGCACCUCUGCUCGAAAAGUUGGUACCCACACAUAACAAGGCAAAUGGUCACUGCCAUAAUGUAAGUCAUCACUGUUGUAAUGCAGCUGACCAACACUAGUUGGUGGCCAAGGUCAUUAGGAGGUCCCAGGUGACUUACAUUCUCACUCACCUGAAUACAUUCUCAUAGGGGCAUGGUACCUCUGCAGGGGGCCAUCCUCUGCUCUAUGAAUAGCAUUGGCUAUCCAUAGAAUAUUCAUUUUCCUGGAGUUUUGUUAUGGUUUCUAUUAUAUUCACAAUUGUGUUUAUAAUAUCCUUGUUGCAUGUGCCAUAGUUUUCUAGUUUGCUUUGAAUGAGAGCCAGACUUCCCUUCCUAGGUAGUUGACCAGCAUUUUUCCUGGCAUUCCUGCACACUGGGGUGAUACUACAAGUCUUUUUGUUUGUGUGUCUGUCUGUGUGUGUGUGUCUCGUUCCUGGUUUCAGCUACUAGCUUGCUGAUUCUUGUAGGAUGGGGGGAGGGUGACCAGGUACCUAGAUAAAAAAAACUGAAUGUAAUAGACUAAAAUAAUUGGAUAAACCAUAAUUUUAAAUCCCCCCUAAGGGGAGGGGCUCCUGGUUUGGUUGAGUCUCAUUUCUCUUUCAGGAUCUUCCUCUAUUUUCUUUCUCCCAGUCAGCUGGUGCUUGCCAUGACUGGCAUUUGGGGUUUGGUAGCUUUGUCUGUGUACUGUGCUGCUGCUUUGUCCUGUUGCCGUUUCAUGACAUUGAAUAUGAUCAUCUCUUCCCUUUUUUUUUUUUUUUUCUUGGGGGAGGGAAAACUGCCCCUAUGUUAUCUUUUAGAACUACCACACAUGGAAGGUGAUAUAGAUGGACAAUACGGUAGCUGCCAAUUUGAGCACGAUUCCAUACCUUCCCCCCCCCCCUCAAUCUCUGCUCCAAGUGUAGGGUGUUUGGGGACUUUCCCACACACUCUAGUGAUCUCUAUAGUGGGGGAAGGGGGUUUUCUCGGGUAGAUUUCUCCCUCCAGCCUUUUAGAAGUGCCAAGCUUUCCAUGUUUUCUGGGAGCAAAAAUUAUGUGCUGCAGCACUUCUGGACCUGCUGUUGCUCUCAAGUCCUGAGUGAUAGGCUGUAGCCCUGGCUUUUUAUAGACUUUGGGCCCCACUCUGCUGUAUCUGAGCUGCACCACAACUGCAAGGUCUAGGGUCCCCAUAACAAGUCUCCUCCUUGUUGGUAUCCUUUCAUCUCUUUGGGGCUUUUUGGUGUUGGAUAUCUGUUGGCCUGUCCUUGUUCUGUCUCAAGGCUGCUGUUUGGUCAUUCUGGGGACCUUCAGCCUUGCCAUGCUUGUUUUUCAAAUGCUGUGGGUGCCAUCUGCACUGGACCCUCCUCCUGCAUUGUUUGUUUGCCUUAUUACCCAACGUUACCUAAUUUUCUUCAAGCAGCGGCUAGUCUUGUAAUGUUAAUGCUUUCUGGUUUUUCUCAGUUUUGAAUAAAUCUAAAAUUCCCAGACUUCCCUUGCCUUGUAGAAAGCCAGUUUCUGAUCUUGUUUCCCAGUAGGCAAGGCUUCGUAAGGCUUGGCUGGACUUGGCACUUAUUUCCAUAGAUACAAUUUGAAUUCUUUAAUUCUUUUGUAGCUGACCAGAGGUAUUAAUAUGGCCUCUGAAAGUUUAAUUUGCUCUGACAUUUGUAACUUAGCAAAAAGAUAGUUAACUCUCUCAGCCAAGCACAAUUCCAGAUAAAGAUUUUCUGGCAUAGUUUCUUAACUCUAUGCCAGAAGGAUUUAAUGUUUUUAUCUCAUUGUUUACCAAAGUCUAACAAUCUUAAUUGUCAUUGAUGCUGUUUAACAGUGUGAAACUUAACCUCUUGAACACCCCCUCCCCACCAAAAAAAAAAAAAAAAAAAAAAAAUUAGAGAUUGGUAGAAGAAUCUGCAAUUAGGGAAGUGUCUUAUGAGUUUAUAAAGUUGAAAAUAACUGUGAUUAUUUCUUAACCAUAAAUGUAUUGUGGAGGGCAUUUGAAAAAAGGGGGAAGAAUGUCAAUAAAAAAAACCCUUGCUAAAUUUUAUUUGUAUACAAAGUGCCUUUUUUUUUUACGGAUCCAAGACUGACUUUAAAUUCAGUAUUGUGAUAUUUAAUUUAAGAAUUGUGCUUUUAUUUAGAUUUAAUGUGAAAUAUUAAUAUCAGUAUACAGUAACUUUGUUUUGAAAAUUCUAGAAGUUACAAAAUAAAAUUAUUUAAUAUU